GUGUAAUAUAUAACUUUUUUUUAAAGUAAUAUGUAAUAUGUAAUAUAUUACUUUUUUUUAGUAACAACCCCAUCUCUGGUCAAGAACGUUUAAUGAGGAGGCUAAACCUUACAGGACAAAGGACUAACAUUCUCUUAAAGACAAUGAAUCAAGAAAAGAUUGUGUCUAGUCAUCAUAUCUCAGGUUUGGAAAUAUCGAGUCUGGACAAAGACAAUUUCCUUAAACUAUCUGAUGUUUUCACACAUAAGACCAUGCCUGUUAACACAAUAUUCCUGUACAAGAAGAUCUUGAAAAAUGGCCUUACUUAAAGGAUAUCAAAAUUCACUGGUAUUGACCUACUCAUCGGGACAAAUUCUCCUAAGGUAUUGGAACCUUGGGAGCUGGUCAAUAGCCAAGGAGAAGGACCGUAUUCUAUGAAGACCCUACUGGGGUGGGUCUUCUAUGGUCCCCUAAGAGGAAGCAACGACAGCAGAGAUUCUAACAGCAGCACCCAGACGUGUUUUCAAACAGACAAAAUGCUGAAGGCUCCGGAGAAGGUUUGUCACCCGUACAGCCGGAAAGCCACUUACGUGGCACGAGAAGAGAUCAGACUGAAAAAGGAAGAGAGACAGAAUAAAGACAAAGCAACACGUAGGAGCUGUAUCGGUGAGAAGCUGUUGUGGUUUCAGGAACAUUUGGAUCAAGAAAAGACGGCGUUCACCAAAAAGGAUGCCUGUGACAUCGUUGAUAGGUUUGAACCUGAACUUGAGCAGAUUGAGCUGAUUAACGGCAUCAAAGGUCGACAGGGUCGUCUCCAUGGUGUCAGGGAAGCUGUCGUCAAACAGACCAUGGAGCGAGAGCACCAGCAGUAUGAGGUCGGGUUUGAGAUCCCAGAAAUCAUAAAUGCAAUAAAUCUGGAAACGUUCACGGAGUGGACUGGUGACCUGAAGAAACCUCCGAAUAACGAAGAUAUGUCUGCUCCAGGAAGCUGAGACAUAAGUACCACAAAGACUGGUUACCCUUAAAAUAAGGGAGAAGAAAACUGAAUAAUCAUUAGGAAUUAAAUACCAACACAUAGAACACACCAUUUUUAUUUUUCAUAGCUCCUUUAUUAUUUAUUGGUAAUUGUUUUUUUUGUUUCAUACUAAAGCCAAUUAGGGGCCGGUGUGUAGGAGCCAUUUUAUGGGUGUUGUUGGUGUCUCAGUUUACAUUAUUUUGAACACUUGGUGGUGGGGUUUAGCUGCACCGGGUGUAUAAAAGGGGUGACGGGAAAGGACGAGGACAGUCAGCUGUCGGGGGUGGUGAAGCUUUUCAUUCAGGAUGGACGGGGGGAGGGGGGGGAUCCCUGCUCUUCGUGUGUCUCUCCUUUGGUUAAAUUGGAGAGUUUGCUGAGGAGAAGGAUCAUUUCUCCAUUCUUAUCUCUAAGUCGCUGGUUUUCUUUUUUUAAGUCAACCAGAACUGUAUCCGGAGUUGGCAUUCCCGUAACGGUAUGAUCCGAAGCCACCAUUGGUGGUUCUUUUUUAUUUUUGGCAGCCUCGGCCAUAGUGCCCUCUGGGAAGAGCUGCUUCAGAGCAGCCAGAGCAGCGUAGGCCUUCACCACCUUCUUAAUGAACCCGAUGCCCUGGAACGAAGCGUGCAUCGUAGCUUCCUCCCAUCUCAAAGAUUAGAUUAUACUUCAGGCUACCGCGCUUCGGUUUUACUCCCACAGAAAGGGUUGGACAACACGGGGCGUGACCACUCAGCUUUAGUUUAGGAUUUAUGUUUAUUUCAUGUGCUCUCCUCCAUUCAAAGUUAGCACAUGGUAUCGUAAGUUAGCUUUUCUUCUCACAAAUCCAUUCUAAGUUAGAUUCAAAGUUAACUUCCUCCAUACAAAGUUAGAUUAUCAACCUAAGAGAAAACGCAUAAUACACAAAUUACAUAAAGCAUACACCACAAAAGUCUGUCACCAUAAACACAUAUGUAAUCCAAA